AUGAUCAACUUUUCAGGACAAACAAGAAAAAGAACGGUUAACUUGGGUGAUCGAAAAGGGUUUCGCAGCGACAAUAAUUUCUUGCAACAGUCCAUCCAGCAACGUAAAGAACGAGAGGAACAACGACGGAAGGAGAAAGCAGCAAUAGUCAUUCAACGAAAAAUUGUGGAGUACUUAAACACCAGUAAACAAGCUUGGGGUAAACUAAUUGAAUGGAAAGAAUCUGCGACACUACUACAAAGGAGGACAGAAAGUCUAGAUGUGUUUGACUCUUACCAAUCUACUGAGCUUAUAAAACCGAUCAAUGAAUGGCUAGACGAGGGUAUACGUCUUGUUCGAUGGUUUUCCAAAAAAGCAUUUAACCCAAUGGCAUUGCUGGAACUUUUACUUACUUUACAAUCAAGUAAACAAUUAGUUGAGCUUAGUGGUUUGUCCAACCUGUUCAAUCAGUCGACUUUAAACUUGAAUCUAACGAUGGGGGGAAGGAUACAAAACCUUAUUGCAGUGUUAUCACCCAUACUUUGCAACAAAAGACUGUCAAGAGAAUUAGAAUUGACCACAUUUAAUGUAAUAGUCAACAUCCAAGCCAAUGAGAUAGUGUACAGCGAUGUACAACUAACAUCUUUGAUUAGUUGGCUUGGAUCAUAUCAGGAAAAAGGUGAAAAUAAAAUUGCGUUACCAGAAAAAGUAGUUGAGCAGGCCAUGGAUAUGGUGUACAGAAUUGGACUUGGUGGCACAGGGAGAAAUUUUGAGCAUAAGAACCUGGUAUCACUUUUGUUGGCACUUUCAUUGGCAUAUAAUCAACCUAACCUAAAUUAUUUACACACUUUAAGAGAAAACGCAAAAUAUUGCAACGCCGAUAUGUUUCACAAGCUACAAAAUAGCAUUCCAAAUGAAAAACUCCCUUUUAUGUUGAUCAAUUAUUUGAUAAUUCAUGGAGACGAGGAGUUUGUUGUUCAAGAUUACAUCAUUAUUAGUCUUUUGCUUCGUUAUUUUAAUGGCGCUGUUUGCGAUGACAACGAGAUAUUUGGUGUUGGAGAAGACGAUGAUUUGGAGAAACCCAACGAAAAACAUUCUGCAGUGAUUGUUAACAAAAAGCAACUUGAAGUGUUGAGAAUACUAUAUACUAGAAAUUUUUUACAGGGAGUGUUUCAUUUUUUCAAAUUCAAUGAUAAAAGAGAUAAAGAACAUAAUUUGCAAAAAAUGCAAACGCAAACGCAAACGCAAGAACACACACAAGAAAACGAUUCUGAAUAUGAUACUUCUUUUUUGACAGAGGAUCGAUUGGUACAGGAUAUGAGUAUAUGCAUUCUCUCAAGGCUUGUGACAUUGCGCCCUCAAUGGAAACUGUUGGUUUUCAAUCAAAUCUGCGCUACAAAUUCUGUACACCUAAUACAUUGCCAAUUGAGAAAAAAUAGCUCGUUUAACCAGAUUGAGCAGGACUCUUCUUCUGAAUUGAUUCCUCGAGAAAAACUUCAACAAUCUUUUGCAACAGCAGAACUUUGGGAAGGGAUUGCAUUAUACCAUGAGGUCAUUUCUUAUUGGCUACUCAUUUCGCUUGAUCAUGAGAUAUUUAGAGAAGUUGAUACGAAACAACUUUUGAGCGUUGCUCAAUUCACCAAAAGAGUUGUUUUGACAUUGUUAUACAACGAGGAUCUACAAAGUGAAGCUGUGAACUUGAAGAACGUUUGCUUAAGAUUGCUAAACCAGUUAUACGUUAAAAAUUUGCGGGUAAAUUUUCUCCCUGAUGAUUUUUGGACUUUAAAGCAAAUACAUAUUGAUGUGGACAAGAUAAAUAUGCAUAUACUUGCCGAUCUGUUAUCCAAAACGCUUUACGAUGAUGAGGAUGACAUAGACGAGGAAAAUUUGACAUGGAGGAAAAAACCUGAGAAUAAUCCAUCACUGGUGUAUGCUGCACUUGAGAUCUUGAAACACGCACCCUACUUUAUUGCAUUUCGAGAUAGAGUAAAAAUCUUUCAAGAAUUAAUUGAGCAUGAUCGAGAGAUGAAUUUUUCUGCUUCCCGAUUUGACCAGGAGGGUUUAGCAGGAAAUAUUCGUCGUGAACAUGUUUUAGAAGAUGCGUUUGCAGCCUUUGCAUCAACUGGCUCUCAAUUUAAGCAACGUAUUAGAGUUCACUAUGUCAAUCAGCAUGGACCAGAAGCCGGCAUAGAUGGUGGAGGAAUUACAAAGGAAUUGCUCACUGGUGUAACAACCGAAGGAUUUGACCCCGAAAAUGGCCUCUUUCAAGAAUCCUCCGAUCAUCGAAUAUACCCAACAACUGAUUUGGGGAAUACUUCUAGCCAAAUCUUUAUAACUGGUACUGGCACGGGUACUGAAGUUGGAAGUGGAAGUGGAAGCAGAAGUGGAAGUGGAAGUGGAAGUGGAAGUGAAAGUGACUUUGAGCUCAUGAAGUUGAAGCUUGACUACUUGAGGUUCAUGGGAAUGUGCGUUGGUAAAUGUAUGUACGAAGGCAUUCUUAUUGAUGCUUCCUUUGCUCCAUUCUUUUUAAACAAAUGGUGCCACGACUCGUUUAAAAACACAGUGGAUGAUCUCAAAUAUAUGGACGUUGAAUUGUAUAACAACACCAUAAAGCUUUUGGAUAUGAGCUCUACCGAGCUUGAUGCUUUGGAUUUAACAUUUUUCAUCAAUGAAAGAAUAUCGGGCAACACCAAAAUUGUGCAAUACGAUUUAUUACCCAACGGAAGCAAAAUCAAAGUGGACAGGUCAAAUGUUCACUUGUACAAUCACAAGUUUGCCGAUUUUAAACUAAACAAAUCGUUAGCACAACAGACAAAGCAUUUUUUGUCCGGCGUUCAAAGCAUAAUUCCCCUCCGUUGGCUUACCCUAUUUGAUUACCAUGAGUUGCAAAUGUUGAUCUCGGGAGGUGAAAAGGCGAUAGAUGUAGACGAUUGGAGGAGAAAUGCUGUUACUAAUGGGUUUGAGUUUGAUGAUACAACAUUGAACAUUUUUUGGGAAGUAGUUGCAGAAAUGUCGAGUGAAGAGAGAAGGAAAUUAUUAGCAUUUGUCACAUCGAGUCCUCGUCCUCCAUUGCUUGGGUUUGAUCAACUCAAUCCUAAAUUUGGAAUACAGAACAAAGGCGCCGAACUCAACGUCUUGCCAAGUGCUGCUACAUGCGUAAACUUGUUGAAAUUACCAGACUAUAGAGAUAAAAAUGUUUUAAAGGAGAAGCUUCUUUAUGCAAUUAAUUCAGCAGCGGGAUUUGAUUUAAGUUAA